UUUCAGCCCAAAACAUCAAAAUCCUUCCUUUGCUUCUAGUUCUUCUACACACACAUACUCUCUCUCCCCCUCUCCCUCUUAACUGUCAAAUCUUUGAAAAAAACUCUUUCUUCUCUUGCUUGUUGGUGCUGUUGUUGCUGUGAUGCAAGGUGGCCUUGGUUUACUUGGUGUUGGUGGGAGUGGUUCUGCAAAUGAGUUAACUUUUUCAAAAGUUGAGAAAGAAUAUGACCAUCACCCUGCUGAGAGUGAUGAACUGGAGCUGGGGCUGGGGCUGAGUCUUGGUGGUGGUGGUAGUGGAAAAAGUAAGGGAAGUGCAUGGGGUGAGUGUGGCAGAAUCUUAACUGCUAAGGAUUUCCCUUCUGCUGUUUCUGGGACUAAGAGAGCUGCUGAUUCAGUUUCCCAUGAGGGUGGAUCCCCUCCUAGUAUCAGUCAGGUUGUGGGAUGGCCACCAAUAAGGGCUUAUAGGAUGAACAGUUUGGUUAGCCAAGCAAAGGCUCCAAGAUCUGAAGAGGAAAAAGUGGGCAGUGAAAAAGAGAAGUCAAAAGAUACUUUGAAGAAGAAAAUUUGCAAUGGUAACAAAACUAAUAAUAUGUUCAAUGAAAAAGGACAUCUUGGUUUUGUCAAAGUGAAUAUGGAUGGACUUCCAAUAGGAAGAAAAGUGGAUCUUAAUGCUCAUGCCUGCUAUGAGACUCUCGCUCAAACAUUGGAGGAAAUGUUUUUUGCCUCCCCCACAUCAAUCAAUUCAAUAGUGUCAGGUGCAGAGAAGAAGGAUUCAUCCACAAAAUCCUCUAAACUUUUGGACGGAUCAUCUGAAUUUGUGCUCACCUAUGAAGAUAAAGAGGGCGACUGGAUGCUUGUUGGUGAUGUCCCUUGGGGGAUGUUUCUCAGCUCAGUGAGAAGGCUGCGAAUCAUGAGAACCUCUGAAGCUAAUGGACUUGGUCCAAGAUUCCAAGAAAGAAAUGAGAAACCAAGAGCCAAGCCUGUUUAGCACUGUCCCAACCCAACCUUUGAAACCAAAAAAGAUGAAGAAACCUUCGCACAGUUUGAAAAAUACUGAAGCUAAAGAAUAGUAAAGAAGUUGAUGAGUUGGAGCAUUUUGCCAUCAAGAUUGCUUUAUUCCAUUUCUUUUUAGUGUUAUUUCCAGCUUUUCAUCUGGGUUACUGCUGUUUUUAUUUUUUUUUUUUUGGGUUCCAGUAGGCCAUAUUAAAUUAGUUUUUGUCUCCUCCUAUACAGGCCUGCAGCUUACCUUGACUAAUGGUGCUUUCUCAUACUGUAAAUAUGGGAGUUCUUGAUAUCUAGAGUGUUUGAGCUUGCUGUUGCAAUGCAGUGGAGUCUGUUUUCUUCUCUGUCAUAGCUAGAAGAAAUUGCUUGUGUGGUUUUA